UUUCAGCGCUGGGUACUAUUACAUUUGUCGUUCCAAGGAUUUGAGAACUAGUAGGCGAAGUUUUGCUUGGAAAUGGGUGGCGGUCGUCGACGUCGUAUUGAACGAUCCUCUAGUAGUAUUGAUCGUCGUUACAAACGGCCUCGUAAUAGUUCGGAACGACAUCGACGGAAUGAAUCACGCAAUCGGCGUGCCCGUAGACGGUCGUGGAAUAAAAAAAAUUCCGAUCAUUUCAGUGAUCGUUCUGAUCGCCUGCAACCGGCAUCUUCAUCGAAGUCACAUGUAACGGGAGCCGGACAAACGCCAUCAAGUUCUAUCGCGCCUUCGGUAGCACGGCCAGUCGUGCAGGAUGACCGUGAUGGACAUCUUAUAUAUCAGGAUGGUGAUAUUAUUCAAGGAAAAUAUGAAAUAGUACGUACAUUGGGUGAAGGAACGUUCGGUAAAGUAGUGCAAGUUAAGGAUGGUACUAAAGGUGGUCGACAAUUUGCAUUAAAAGUUAUCAAAAAUGUAAGCAAAUAUCGAGAAGCCGCGCGUCUUGAGAUUAAUGUACUAAACAAAUUGCAGGAGAAAGAUCCAAGUGGAAAAUUUUUGGUGAUACAACUCCUUGAUAAUUUUGAUUAUCAUGGCCAUGUGUGCUUAUUGUUCGAAUUACUUGGUCUUAGCGUUUUUGAUUUCAUGAAAGCGAAUAAUUACCAAGCUUAUCCAAUGGAGCAAGCGCGGUACAUAGCUUAUCAGUUAUGUUAUGCGGUAAAAUUUAUGCACGACAAUCGUUUAACGCACACGGAUCUCAAACCCGAAAAUAUUUUGUUUCUCAAUAGUAGCUACAGAGUGGUUGAAGAUGGAAAGAAAAAGAGGCCUUUACGAAUUAUCGAUGAUGCACGCGUACGAUUAAUUGAUCUCGGCUCAGCAACGUUUGAUCACGAACAUCAUUCUACAAUUGUUUCAACAAGGCACUAUCGAGCACCAGAAGUUAUUUUAGAAUUAGGUUGGUCUCAACCAUGUGAUGUUUGGUCGAUUGGUUGCAUCUUGUUCGAGCUCUACCUCGGUAUCACAUUAUUUCAAACGCACGAUAAUAGGGAGCACCUUGCAAUGAUGGAGAGGAUCUUGGGUACUUUACCUUAUCGAAUGUGCAGGAAGUCUAAAACGAAAUAUUUUUAUCACGGACGGUUAGACUGGAACGAAAAAACACAAGCAGGGCAGUACGUCAGAGAUAAUUGUAAACCGUUAUCGCGUUAUAUGAAAUCGAACGAUCCGGAAGACAUUGAACUGUUUGAUAUCAUCUCAGAAAUGCUUACAUAUGAACCAUCGCAACGAACAACUCUGGGCUCUGCAUUAGAUCAUCGAUAUUUCAAACGUUUAGCACCACACCUCAGGCUGCACGAAAGUGGUGCGUCAUCGAACGGAUCAUCAUCAUCAACAGCAGCGACAACGGCUGCAUCAACGAUAGUAGAAACUGAAGAUAUAGUAAUAUCAGAUGCAGGUGAUGGAGGUGGUGAAGAGCGAUAGUGUUUGGCAACAGUACAUAUAGUUCGAACAUACUUGUUAUUGGUUUGUUA